UUACAAGAAAGAAAAGAAAUCAAAAGUUUGGCAGUUUUAAUUCUUUUGGGCAAUCUUUGAUUUGUAUUUUUUUGUUUCUCAUUUCUUAACCAAAUUGUUUAUUUUCUUGUGGGUAAAUUAACUAAAGAGAAAUUGAUCGAGCAAGAGAUAAUACAAAAAAAAACUAGAAAGAAAAGAAUGGGUCGGAUUCCAUGUUGCGAAAAGGAGAAUGUGAAGAGAGGACAAUGGACUCCUGAAGAAGACAACAAAUUGGCUUCUUACAUUGCUCAACAUGGUACUCGCAAUUGGCGUCUCAUCCCUAAAAACGCUGGAUUGCAGAGAUGUGGGAAGAGUUGUAGGCUACGAUGGACGAACUAUCUGCGUCCUGAUCUGAAACAUGGACAGUUCUCUGAUGCUGAAGAACAUAUCAUUGUCAAGUUUCACUCUGUUCUUGGCAACCGGUGGUCGUUGAUUGCGGCGCAGCUCCCUGGUCGAACAGACAACGAUGUGAAAAACUAUUGGAACACGAAGCUGAAGAAGAAGUUGUCAGGGAUGGGAAUAGAUCCCGUGACUCACAAGCCUUUCUCUCACCUAAUGGCAGAGAUCACCACUACACUCAACCCUCCUCAGGUCUCUCACCUCGCCGAAGCUGCCCUCGGUUGUUUCAAGGACGAGAUGCUUCACUUGCUCACCAAGAAACGCGUUGACCUAAACCAGAUCAACUUCUCAAACCCUAACCCUAACAACUUCAACCAAAUUGUUGAUAACGAAGCUGGUAAGAUGAAAAUGGAUGGUUUGGAUAAUGGGAAUGGGAUAAUGAAGCUAUGGGACAUGGGUAAUGGAUUCUCGUAUGGUUCGUCUUCGUCCUCGUUUGGGAAUGACGAAAGGAAUGAUGGAUCUGUGUCUCCUGCGGUUGCGGCGUGGAGGGGUCACGGUGGAAUUCGUACUGCGGUGGCUGAAACGGCGGCAGCGGAAGAAGAGGAGAGAAGGAAGUUGAAAGGAGAAUUGAUGGAUCAAGAGGAGAUUGGAUCUGAAGGAGGAAGAGGAGAUGGAAUGUUGAUGGUGAGGAGCCACCAUAAUCAACAUCAACAUCAUGUGUUUAAUGUGGAUAAUGUCUUGUGGGAUUUACAAGCUGAUGAUCUCAUCAAUCAUAUGGUUUGAUUUAUAUUCGUUUCAAAGUUUUUUUCUUAGAUUUAUUGUGUGGGUUUUCAUUUUGUAUUUCAUUGGUAGUUAACUUAUGGUUAUGGUUGGUUAUUAGUAAGUAGGAUUUUUCUGUUUAUCUCAAAGACUAAUAAGUUUACUUUUGUUUUUAUAAUAACGACGAGAUGUAAAUAAAGAGCUGUUCUUAUUUUCAUCUGUUUGAGAAUAUGGCUUAUAUGCGUAGAAGAA